UCUUCGCCCAUGCAACUUUUUUUCUUCCAACCUCAUCCUCACCCUCGCCCGCCCUCCUUGUCAACCUUUGAAAAGUUUCUUUUAUUCUUCUGAUUGCAUCUUCCUUUGUGUGAUAUACUUGUAUAUUGUUGUGAUAAUUUUUAUUUUACACCCCAAUCAAAAUGAUUUCUCUCAGACACGUAGCAUUCCGCGCAAUCAGCGCAUUUCCGACUGGUUUUGCCGUUAAGCCCGGAACUCUAGCUGCACUUGGCCCAUCGCUCCUGAGAUUGACUGCCCAGCCCCCCAAAGUAGCUUUCCAGCAGCGAUCGAACUUCAACUCUGCUUAUCAGAGCGAACCGUAUGAUCGGAGGAACGACAGACUGGAAUAUACUCGAAGUGUCGGUUAUCAGAAGAAAGAUGUUCUGCCACUCAAACCCAAUGACACCAUCUACGUUGGCAACCUCUUUUUCGAAGUCACCGCUGAAGACUUGAAACGCGAUCUGGCAAAAUUCGGAACUAUCCAUUCAGUUCGCAUUGUCUAUGACAGCCGUGGAUUGAGCAGAGGUUUUGCCUAUGUCCAGUUCGACUCUAUUGAAGCUGCUGAGGCUGCAAUUGCCGAGUUGAAUAUGUCCCUCUAUGAAGGACGUAGGAUCGUUGUCAACUAUUCGACCCGCGGUAGCACUGAACCCAAAACACGCGCUACUGGACCAACAAAGACCCUUUUCAUUGGAAACCUGUCCUUUGAAAUGACCGAUCGCGAAUUGAAUGAGAUGUUCAAGGAUAUCCCCAACGUUAAAGAUGUCCGCGUCUCGGUCGACAAAAGAACCGGCAGGCCUCGCGGAUUUGCCCACGCUGACUUCCUGGACGUCGAGAGCGCCCAGGCCGGGAUGGAGCUUCUCAAGGACAAGGCGCCUUAUGGACGUCCUCUUCGCAUCGAUUUCAGCCUCAACACCAGGGAUACGCCGGGUUACCGAAGAGGCCCCCGAUCCUCGGAGCCCUUCGACCCGGAGGCUGCUGAGACCCAAGAGGCCACUUCUGAAUCUGCCUCUGAAUCUGCCUCUGAAUCCGUAUCUGAAUCCACACGGUAGAGUCGGUUACCCGCAAUAUAUUUUUUUUUAUAUAAAAAAAAGUGAAUGAAGCUCUGGAUACAUACAUUACCGUAAACUGAGAAUGGGGGCAUGCACAGGUGUCUAGUGUAAUAUUUUACGUACUAUGGGCGUUCUAUCUGUUGCAUCGAUUUUGAUCAUGGGAUUGUUGGGGCGCGGGAAAAGGAACAAGAUGGGUCCUCCCAUGUUUCGUUCUCCUUUCUCUUUUCCCUGUCAACCUCUUUAUCCUUAACUACCUUUAGCCUUCUGUCUCCCUGGUUCUCAACUUUCCAUGCCCCCACGCCCUUUUUCAUCUCUUUCUCCACUGUAUUUCUUUCUAAAAUUGUAAAUUAUACUUGCAUGUACGGCUGUUCAUGAGUCUUUUGUAAAAUUUGCUUUUCUCAUCUUUUUUCUGCCUUAUUUUAUUGUUUUAUUAGUACAGGCGGACUACUAUUUUGUGGUUUUAGAAUAAUAUGGCUUGAGUAAUAUGGUCUUAGUCUCCUCUUUUGAAGAAUGAACAACAAAACAAUCGAUGCUUUUGUUAAUAUUCCUCCAUCGGGCAAAACAUGUUUUGACCCUUCCACAUGAAAACUCAAGAUGGCUGACUAAUGGCUCGCUGAUUAACACGAGUAAUGUACGGUAUUGUAUGCUACGCAUGAGCUCAACACAAAUUUGGUUGACGAACCAAUCAUUG